GGUCAUGCGUUGUUUUAAUCGUGAUAGAGUUCUCGAGAAAUGAGCGUUUCUCUGAAAUGUUUAGUUUUACUUGUCAUGAGUUUCACUCUGGAUUCCUUGAAGGCUAGUGACUUGGACGAUGUUAUUUCUGAAUUGUAUGAACACUAUAAAGACGCUAUGGUUGAUGAAAACUACACUUUCUCACGUCGAGUGUUUAAAAGAAACAAACAGUAUGAACUACAUGUUCAGAAGUUAAAAGAAGUGAACGGGUUAAAAUACCAUAAUCUAGUAUUAAGAGAAAAGAUUAGAAAUGAUCCUAAUGAAUAUAUCUACAUAAGCAAUCCUCUCGAAUCUAAAAUGCCUAAAGCGUUUCUUACUAUUGAAGAAUUUAAACAGGAACUGACGAAUAGAAUAGUACGUCAGAGAUUAACAACAACUUUAAAAACCACAUUGUCUAAAAUACUGAAAGUCAAAAUCAAUCGAAACAAACGUACACAGUUACCUCGAUAUACAAAGAAAGAAACAAGCAGUCCAAUUAAAUCGACGAUCAGUGGCACGCCUGUUGAAGUAAAUAAAUAUAGUAAUAAAACAAAAUUGAAAAAUAACAGAUUUUAUCCAACAAAUAAGCACCUAAAAGCUUUGACGAAUUCAAAUACGUUAACAAACAUUAAUAUGAAAACAAAAAAUACACUAAGAAGAAAAACAACUAUUCAAAGUAUGACUCCGAAAAAUAUAACGAUUAAUAGGCAUACACCAGCAACAAAAUUUAGAUAUUUUAAAAACGCCAUAAUGAGAAAGCUGACAACUUCGACUAGAACACCAGUAUUAAAGUCUAUUUACACAAAUAAAACUACAGUUAAGUUAAUUACAACAAAUCUGCCUAAAGAGAAAUCAACAUUCAAAGACUCUGAUACAACUACACGUGUAACGCUAAGAAAUAAUUCUACAACCAAAGAAAAGUUAUUAACUAUAACUUCUGUGGGUGCGACUACAGAAGAUGCCUCAACUAUCGUACAUAUAACAUCCAAAAAUGAUUUAACGACAGAAACAGUAGCUACGUCUAAAGAAAUAUCCAGAAAAGAUCUAAUUUUAAACAAUACAACUACAGAAGAAACGAAUACUUUGCAUUUAACAUCAAAACGAGAAGUUUCUACGACAGAUAAGUUUACCUCCGCCACAGAUAUAUCAUUAAAAGGCCCAAAAUCUGAAGAUACAACAAUAGAAGAAUUAAAGCGAGCUUCGACAACUCAUACAAAUGAAAUUUUUAAAAGAGAAACCACUUUUGAAGACUCAAAUAUAGAAAAGGUUACAACCACACAUAAUAAUAUAACAAUAACAAAUGAAUUUAAUGACAAUUUAGGCAACAAACUUUUGGCAACACCACAAGGAAUAUCCCGAAAUGAUUCCAACUUAGAUAAUAUUUUUGAAAUUUUGUCGGUGCCAAAAGAAAUGUUUGGAAAAGAAUCAGCUUUUGAGAAUACAACUAUAAACAAGUGGACAACUCCCGAAUCGUCUACAAAAAAUCUGAAGUCCUUGCUUCGCUUCGCAGAUGCAAUGAUGAAAAGCUAUAAGCCUGCAAAAAGAACUCCGAGACGCAAGAAAAAAGUUCGACUCGUUGAAACAACUAUAAAAUAUACGACCAAAUAUAAGCGUUUAGAACGUCCACUGGUGUUUAUGGGAGGCUAUGAACAAUCGAUGAAUAAAUACGCCAAAGAUGUUAACGUGAUUGAAUUUAAAUAAUAAUAAAGAUCAACUUCCUCACCUUAUGUUACCGUAACAAACAAAAUCCAAGUUAUUGCGAGCGCAAUAACUCGAGCAAUCUUCAACUGUUCGUUAACAUCACUUUAACAGUAGGUUCACAUAAAAAGCGGCUUCGCCUCAAAUUUUUACUUCGAAUACGUAAAAUAUUCCCGCCGAACUAAAUGUCAAACUGUCAAACGCGCGAACAUUGUGCCUCUGCUUCAGAAUAAAGGCACCACUUCACUGAUUACAAAACACAAUCUCACGUGGAAAUGUGACUGUAGUGCUCGCUUAUACCUUUAUGGUUGUGAAGGGCCGUCGCCGAGACGGCUCUAUCGGGCGCGGUAGGAGGGAGAGGGACGGCUAUACGUCGUCCCGACCCCCGUUGUAAGCCGCUUACUGCAUUAGAACUGCUCAUUUGCGCAAAAGAGAUGUGUAGCUUUCGUCCGUGCUCUUGUUUUAAUAUGUGCGCCGCCCAUUUCUCUUUAUCCCGCGAUGGUGGGGCGAAGUUAGACAGUUUUAAAUUAACUGUUGUAAUAAAAUUAUAUUUCGUAGGAGUUGUCUCUGAAAAUGACAUGUAUUUGAUUAAAUAAAUUAAUAAAGCGA